GGCCGACAAAAUCAAACUUCAAAGUACCUUAUUGACAUAGAACGUAUGUUUGGCGUAUUAUUCCUACUAGGUUUGCCUUGCAUAUAUAUGUUAUACAUACGACUAUGCCAUUAAUCAGAUCAAAGUAAACGCAAAUACGGUUUGCUGGGAACGUCUGUCGCUGUGGGUUGUUUUCGUCGGGCCGCAGUAAAAGAGUACGCAUAGCCUCACAUGGGAGGCUCAGUUUUUUGUACUUUCAAUCAAAUAGUAGCCGAAAACGCUUAGGUUUUAUUUUUUAUUUUUUAAAUAUCGGCGUACUAGUCAUCAUGUUGAAGUCUAAAACCUUCGUUAAGAAAACGCGGGCCGGUCGGGUGAUGAAAAUAGUCCGCGAGCAUUAUUUGCGAGACGACAUUUGGUGUGGAAGUGAGGCGUGCGAUCAAUGCCGCCAGGAUUCCACGGUUCUGCAGAGAGAAGCGUGCAUCGAGAGCAACUUGUGCACGUUUUCGCAUUACCUCAUCCCCGACACAAAUGUAGUGUUACAUCAGAUUGACAUUUUGGAGGACCCCGUGAUUUGCAACGUGGUGAUUCUUCAAACGGUUCUCCAAGAAGUACGCCACCGCAGCGCGCCAAUCUACAAACGCCUCAAGGAUCUCAUCCAUGAAGAAGAAAGACACUUCUACACAUUUACCAAUGAGCAUCACAGAGAGACAUUUAUCGAACGCGAACCGGGAGAGAGCGCCAACGACCGGAACGACAGAGCUAUUCGUGUGGCGGCCAAGUGGUACACCGAGCACCUGGCAAAGCCCGAUGAGCCCAAGGUGGUGCUCCUAACCAAUGAUGUCGCUAAUAAGCAAAAGGCACAAGAGAGCGGUCUUUUGGUGUACAAAUUUGAGGAGUACGUCAAAGGCCUGAUAGCAAACCCCGAGCUUGUGGAUCGCUUGGCGUUGUCAAAUGAUGAAAAGAGCGACAUCACCGGCAGUAGGGUGUUAUUCCCUGAGCAUCUCCCGCUGGCCAGGAUCCAAGCUGGCAUCAAAAGUGGCACUUUCCACCAGGGAACCUUCAAGGCCAGCAGGGAUAACUACCUUGAGGCCAAAGUUUUUAUCCAAAACAACGAGGAAGACGGCACAGAGGUUCUCAUCCAGGGCCUUCAGAACCUCAACAGAGCCGUGCACCAAGAUGUGGUGGCUGUGCAGCUGUUGCCGCGCAGUCAGUGGGUGGCGCCAUCUUCCAUCAUGCUGCAGGACGUGGGCUCGGCCAAAGACGACACCAACGAAGAAGAGGAAGAGGAGGAUGCUCUGAAAAGUCCCAAAGGGGAUGUUGAUAGAAAGCCCACCGGCAAGAUCGUGGGGAUCAUCAAGAGGAAUUGGAGGCCCUUCUGCGGCAUGCUCAUUGUCUCCCAAAUCAAAGAGUCGACACGGCACCUUUUCACGCCGGCCGACCGCUCCAUUCCACGCAUCCGCAUCGAAACCCGCCAAGCGUCCACAUUAGCGGGCCAGAGAAUUAUGGUGGCCAUCGACGGCUGGCCCAAAGACUCCAGAUAUCCCAACGGCCAUUUUGUCCGCACUUUGGGCAUGGCGGGGGAAAAAGACACAGAAGAGGCAGUCCUGCUGUUGGAACACGACGUUCCCCAUCAGGCUUUCUCUCAGGCUGUGCUCAGUUGUCUUCCCAAAAUGCCAUGGAGCAUCAAACCGGAGGACAUGGUGGGCAGGGAGGACCUGAGGAAUCUGAACGUGUGCAGUGUGGAUCCUCCCGGAUGCACGGACAUUGACGACACGCUGCACUAUAUAGAGCUGGGCAACGGCAACUUUGAGGUGGGAGUCCACAUCGCCGACGUCAGUCAUUUCAUCAGACCCUGUAACGCUCUGGACAAAGAGGCUGCCAACCGAGGCACGACGGUUUACCUCUGUGGGAAGAGGAUCGACAUGGUUCCGCAGCUGCUGAGCUCCAAUCUGUGUUCGCUACGUUCCAACGUGGAUAGGUUGGCUUUCUCGUCUAUCUGGGAGAUGAAUCAAGAGGCUGAAAUUCUGAAAACACGCUUCACGAAAAGUGUCAUCAACUCCAAGGCAUCUUUGACCUACGCGGAAGCCCAGAUGAGAAUAGACGAUACGGGCAAGAACGACAGCAUCACCAAAAGUCUGCGAGGCCUCAACAAGCUCGCCAAGAUCCUCAGGAAGCGCAGGAUCGAGAAAGGGGCACUGACGCUGUCUAACGUGGAGGUCCGCUUUCACAUGGACAGCGAAACCCACGACCCCAUCGAGCUUCAGACCAAAGAGCUCAUGGAGACCAACUACAUGGUGGAGGAGUUCAUGUUGCUGGCCAACAUUUCAGUCGCCCAAAAGAUCUACGACGAAUUUGCCGAGUGUGCCUUGCUGAGGAAACAUCCGGCACCUCCGCCCUCCAACUAUGACAUUCUCAUGAAAGCAGCAAAGUCCCAGAAUGUGCUGCUCCGUACGGAUUCGGCAAAGACGCUGGCCGACUCGCUGGAAGCGGCCAAAGUGGACGGCUUUGGGUACUUCAACACGUUGCUGCGCAUCCUGGCCACUCGCUGCAUGAUGCAGGCCAUCUAUUUCUGCUCGGGCAUGGACAGCGACUUCCACCACUACGGUCUGGCCACGCCUAUUUACACGCACUUCACGUCGCCCAUUAGAAGGUACGCUGACAUCAUCGUGCACCGCCUUCUGGCCGUGACCAUCGGAGCAGAUAGCACCUACCCGGAACUGACGGACAAACACAAACUAUCGGCGCUGUGCAACAACCUCAACUACAGACACAAAAUGUCCCAGUAUGCUCAGAGGGCGUCUGUGGCCUUCCACACGCAGCUGUUCUUUAAGACCCGAGGAAUCCUGAGCGAGGAAGGAUUUGUCCUAUUCGUGAGGAAGAACGCCAUCAUCGUCCUUAUCCCAAAGUUCGGGCUGGAGGGCACGGUCUUUUUUGACGGCAAGGACAAGUGUGGCCUCAACCUCGUAUUUGAUGAGGAGUUUCCGUCUCUGACGGUGGAGCAGCACACCUUCCGUAUAUUUGACCGGGUGAAGGUCACCAUCAGCCUGGAUGACUCCAAUAUUCAGCACCAGAAGAUACGCAUGGCCUUGAUUGAGCCUGUGAUUCCGGGUGUGAGUGUUUCAGCCACGAAUGUUGGAACGCCAAACAAGAAGCCCAAAUUGGACCGUUGAACCAGUACCAAACUGCAGAUUCUUUGGACAAUUUAAUAAAUCUGCGAGACAAACAAGGUAUUUUUUUCUUUUGUUAAUAAGUGGAUUUUUUAAGAAAUUGAUUUUGUACAGCCUUAAGUGCUCUCUAAAUUGUCUUUUUGUGAGUAUUAAGCGUGGAAAUAAUGAAUUUUCCUGAGGCGGUCUGCUUCAUUCCCUAUGGCUUUAUUGUAAGUUAUUUUAACAAAUACAGUAAACAUUUUAUGACUUGACAAGAUGUAUGUAGCACCUUUCAGGUGACCUAAGGACGCUGAAUAACUCAUAAGGUUAAUCAAAAUUAAAAACCUUAUCUAAAAAA